ACCAAAUACCAAAUACCAAAUACUUUAUCCUUUUACUCUUUACUCUUUACUCUUUACUCUUUACUCUUUACUCUUUACUCGUCACUGUAGUCUGCUCUGUUGUGCUGAACAAGGUAUAGUGACAGUGACAUAAAAAGAUGAGUGGAUGUUUCUAUAAAAUCAAACGAUUCAUCAAUCAUCAUUAAUUAGUUCCAAGAAAGGCUUCCAUUUCCAUGACUUUCUUGUUGUUCCUAAUCAUACUGCUACCUGCUACCUGCUACCUACUCCAUACAUAUACAACAUACACAACAUACACUUAUCUAUCUCCUUUUACUCCUCAACUAAGGUUACCUAUAAAUCACUUGUUAUUAUCUUUGACCCAUACCCAUACCCUCACUUUCGGCCACCACUACUUGCCAUUUUGAACUUCCUCCUCUUAUGUUUCUGUGGUCCAAAGGCUUGACCCGAAGCUUGGAAAUUAGAUAAUUCAAUUUUUGUCUACUUUCCCAUGUCAAGAUUUCACUAUUAAAGCAAGCAAACAAUGGAUGCGCCUUCGAUGUCGGAGGAUCAUUCGUUACAAUCUGUAGUUUCGGAUUUUGAGCAAAGGAAACGCUCCUUGAGGAAUCAAAGGAGGUCUGAGUCUCCAAGCGGAGUCUCUACAGAUCUGCGUGAGAAUGGUACGGGGGCACAAGGAGUACAAAGUGAACAGAUUUCAAUGAGCUCCGCGAUAGGUCGUCCCAAACGUUCCGCCCAAAGGAUCAAGAGAUCGGAGGCUGAGAUCAUCGAUGAUGCAUUAAAGCCCCUGACGGAUGACGAACGCAAGGCCUGGAAAGGGUGGUGUGAGCUGGAAAGUGAUCCAGUAAGUUGCUUGUCAGAUAUUGACCUUCGUUAAUUAACACACUUUCUUCACAAGGCACUUUUCAACUUCAUCUUACGAGAGUACGGUGUCAAGGACGUCAAGGUCCAGGAGGUUCUAGGUUUAGAGGAUGAAAUGUUACAAUAUCUACCGUAUGAGAUUUACCCUCAGAUGCUUGAAAUCCGUACUGAUGCUUCUCAAGGAAACCAGUGUACGGACUAGUAUUUCUGUUUAAAUACAUAGAUGAUGACCUGGAGGAUGAAGAAGAACUCCCAAAGUGUCCGAACCACAUCUGGUUUGCCAAUCAAGUGAGGAAAAUCCCAAGAUUUCACUUAGGAAUUGACUAACAGGACUCAGACUACAGACAACGCCUGUGCUACUAUUGCUCUUCUGAACAUUGUUAUGAAUGUCCCAGAGCUUGAUCUCGGAAACAGUGUCACCAAUUUCAAGAACGAUACCAAAUUUCUCAAGCCAGCAUACCGCGGCCAGAAACUAAGCCAAAACGAAUACAUCAGAAAUAUCCAUAAUUCAUUUGCCCGAAGAAUGGAUAUUUUAAACGCGGAUCUCGCUCUUUCGAAUGAGGUUUCCGCUUGGGAGAAAAAGAGGAAAACGAAAAAGAAAUCUGGAAAGAUCAAGUCCAGGUCAGAUGAUGAGUCGGGUUUUCAUUUUAUUGCAUUUGUUCCAGUGAAGGGCGUUGUCUGGAGACUUGAUGGCUUGCAGCGUCAACCCGUCAGCUUAGGUAUGUAAAAGAAAUAACCAUUGGUCGAACAACGCUAACAAUGCAAAGGGCAGUUUGAUAAUGACUGGAUUUCCGUUGCCCGUGCCAAUAUCUAUCAACAUAUUGGCGAGUACGGUGAUGAAUUGCAAUUUAAUCUUUUAUCCUUGUGUGGAAGUCCCCUCCGCACCAUUCCAUUAGAACUGGCCCAAAAUAUCCAAGCGAUCAAGCUUGUCGAAGCUUUGCUGCCACAGCAAACCCCCGACUCGAAUAGCUUCACUCAGACCGACGUUGCGGGACUAAUUAGGGGACCUUCAGAGGAAUUUGGCGUUACAGACAAGCUACUUCAAGACAUAGUACUUCCUUUGAGCACAUGCAACAUACUCGAGCGAGGAAGUACAGAUGAGAGCGCCCUUGUCAAGUUGCAUCAGCAGUGGGUUGCCGAGCAAAAGGCACUGCGCAUCGCUUAUAGAGACGAACUGUCAUCGAUCAAUGACGAGAAUGAGCAGGCAGGAAGACGGAAGGAAGAUCACACGCCAACGGUCUAUCGCACGUUAAGAAGUCUAGCUGAUAAAGGCCUCCUAAAAGAGAUAAUGGAAGAAGUUCAGUCGACAUAAAGUGGGCAUUAGAACACGCUUCUUAUUCCCGGUUUCAAAAGAUCGAAUUGUAAUAA